GCUAGCCUCCUUGAAAAUUUUACACAGCAAGACGUUAGAUUUAUCCCUACUGCUAAAAUGCGUCCAGUUGUCUGAGACCAUGCUCGCUUUACUUGCCGUAAUUCUUUCUUGCCUGCUCCAUAUUGGGCAGGCCGAACAAGGUGAUGUCACAAUCAGUAAGGUAUACCCAACUUCAGGGACCCUGGCAGGCGGAACCAGGAUAACAAUUUAUGGCAGCGGCUUCGGUGACAUGUAUACAUCUAGCCCUGUCGUGUUCGUCGGAUCCUUUCAAUGCGACAUAAUCAUGCAUUUGAGCAGCAGCGAGUUGCUCACGUGCGAAACAACUCCUGGUGCUGCCGGCACGUACUUCGUCACGGUCUCCUUGGGUGAAGAUAACUUUGCCACAAUAUGGGGUUUCACGUACAGCGGCGACAUCACGCCAACUCUGAAGGCGAUCAGCCCGCGUGCUGGACCACCCGGUACAGUUGUGUAUAUGUACGGCGACAACACUUGGUACUUGCAGUACCGUGACUGUGUCGAAUCAACAUGGGGAGAUCUGAGCUGCAUCGGCAGUAUCUUGUUCGGCGACUAUCUUUGCAGCCAGGACCCCACUGAUGCGAACACGGGAAUUACAUUCAACUCUGCGGACUACAAUGGACGGUAUGGGUCCAAUGUCUACCGCGUGGGAUGCUCCUUGCCAUCUCCAGACGUCAGCAAUUCGCAGCCCGCUGUCGGCACUGCUGGAAGCGUCAACGCCUCAGUUCACUUUGAGGCGUCCCUGCUUGGCGGCUCGCCACUUACUCUUCGCUCGUCGUACCAGUACGAUGUUAACGGCCAGCCAUACCACUUCCAGCUGUAUCCGGAGGUAGCCGACAUCUCCCCCGCUGUCGGCUCCAACGCUGGUGGCACUCUAAUUAUGAUUACCGGCCGCGGUUUCCCCACGUCUGCUCUUGGCCUUGGCGACACGGUCAAUGUCGCCAUUGCGGGCGUGCCCUGUGCGGUUGUCAACAGCACGUAUAGUACGAUCUAUUGUGUUACGGGACCCAAGCCCUCCACGCCGCCAUCCUCCGCAACACCCAUUGGCGGCCUGUACCCAGCCAUGCGUGGUGUGGAUUACGAGUUCUAUAAUGUUACGAACAAUACUGCUAUUUAUUUCAGCACCUUAACGCGGCUUAACAAGACCAUCUUCAUCAACAACACGGCUGGGACGGGCUCCUACAAGACGGUGCUGACGGGCGCGAUGGAGGGCCCUGACUACGUCAAGUCGUACUACUGCAGCCGCAUAAAGGCCUUCUUUACGGCGCCGCGUAACGGGAGCUACAGGUUCUAUCUGCAGGCGGACGACUAUGCCCAGUUGAACGGCACCUGGCGCCAGAGCAACGGCAUCGAGGUGACCCAGAUGCUUGUCAACCUGACGAGCUGGACGCCCGCGGACUCCUGGUCUACAUACUCAUCCCAGGCCUCUGCGCCAGUUGCUUUGAGCGCCAAUCAGAGCAUCCUGUUGGAGUCCAACCACUGCAACGGUCAAUCUGUAGGCCACCAGCAGGUUGCCGUGCGGAUGCCGGUCGAGCAGCCUCAAAGCAACUCUAUUCCCGAGGUCCAGAGCGUGUCCGUGAAGGCCAGCUUUGCACCUCACCAGGUGCUCGUUAAGUUCAUGUACGGCGCCGGCGCCAACACCACCGCCUACACGGUCACCGCAACUGCUGAUGACGACUCAAAGCUAGACAACUCUGCUGUGGGGCUGCAGCUUACGUUCAAUGGCGGGUCGCCAACCGUCGUGUUGCCGGUCACCGUGACGGGUGCAGCAAUGACCAGCCUUAUCGAGGUUGGGUUCGGGGGCAAGGGCUCUCUGGGCAGCAGCACUGGCCUCUUUGGUGUACGGAAGGUCCGCUUGCAGGGCAGCGUGAUGCUGGAGAUCGGCAUGAGCUCAAGCCUGGCCGACUCGAUGGGCUUUGAAGUAACGGCAGCACGUGUUGUCACCAUCUACACCACCAGCGCCUUCACCCCUUCCGCGUGCAACGAUAACACGUCGCUGGUAUAUGCGCCGCCUCCACCACCUCCGGCUUCUGUAGAUGUCACCGCCGGCGUCUCUGUCGUUGUCGCCUCCGCUCGGCCUGUCCCAGCCGCUAUUCCGGGUGGUUCCUUCACGCUGAGCCUGCCAUCAAGCUCGUCUCCUAUUGCCCUGUCGUACAAUGCCAACACGACUCAAGUAUAUCAGGCCGUAAAAAACCUGACUGGUCUCGACACGACGGUUACGUACAACAGCGCCAUCCGUGAGGGUGCCUACUUUGCCCGCGUCUGGACGGUCUCAUUUGCUAUUUCGGCUCUGGACAACGUCCCAACCCUGGUUGCCGUCCCCGGUGAUGACGCUCCCUCGGGUGUUGCACUCGCCACUGAGGAGCGCCUCGCCAAUCCUGCGCUCUCCGGCUACUUCUCCCUAUCGUACGGCAGUGAAUGCAAGUCUGUCAAGAUCUACUUGUCGGAUCCUUCAGCGAAGAUCAUCACCAAGCUGGGCAGCCUGCCGGGCAUGAGCGCCCCUCAGAGCGUGGAGAUCUCCGGCAGCUCGACAUCUGGGUACACUUACAAGAUCACGUAUGAUCCUGUGGGUAAUCCUGGGGAUCAGCCACCGCUGCGGGUAGCGGACAUCAGUGGGCUGGGCGGCGUUCUGCCUACCGUCACCGUCACCACAACUACCAACGGCUCCACCGACGCCUUCUACGGCCCCAUCCCCACUGAGUUCCUUAAGCUCGCGGUGGCUACCCCCGGAACGAUCGACUUGGCAGUCAAUGGCGCCCCGGCAGCGUGUCUGCACCCCUCUGGCGCGUGCAAGUUUGACUACUCUUCUGCCGCCACGCCACUGAUGACAUCUGUAGCACCCACGAACCUUUCCUUCGUCUCUGAGUCGAGCAUUCCGCUGACAAUUACGGGGAGCGGCUUCGAUGGUGGUUCCAGCGUUGAGGUUUUGGUUGGUAAUACUACAUGCAACGUCACCUCGGCUUCUGCGACCCAAAUCAUCUGCACCGUCCCCGACACGGCUCCUGCUGGAAUCCGUCUGGUCACUGUUAAUGUUGGAGGCCUUGGCUUUGCUCAGGGCGCCACCAAUGUAACCAUUGAGACGUUGUACGUGACAGGAUCUGCGCCUGCCCUACUGUCAGUUUCCGGAUCUGGUUCAUCCGUAUUCAAGCUGAUGGGCAAGGGCUUUGACCAUGUCAACUGCGCCAACAACAAGGUGCUGGUUGACGACGUGCAGUGCGGUGUCGUGGCCUGCGGCGCUAACUACGUAACUGUCAUCUACCCCGGCAACGGUGGAAGCGACGUGGCAGCAGCAGAUGUCACUGCUCAGGUUUUUGAGCGCAACGGUCUUAUCGAUCAGGACGUCCCCGAUGCCGUCAAGGUUCAGGUCUCUGGAUCUGCGCCCGUCAUUACCGGUAUUACAAGCGCCACGACCAUGCCGGGCUCGGGAGGCCCAGUCUCAGUGAGCCUUGACGGCGCGACAGCCAGCGAUGUGGCGUCUAUGUACCUGGUGCCGUACAUCUCGUCCCGCACAAACUACACCGCGUUGUCAACCUCCUUUUCCCGUCGCAUCUUAUGCGGUGGCGUGGCCGCAGCAGCUGGCGGCGUGGGCUGCAACAGCACGUACACUCCCAACGGUCGUUACCACGUGCUGGUCGUCCUAAACUCGGGCCUGCAGCUGCUGUCCGAUGACACCAUCCUGUUCGACUUGUUCAUCUCCAGCGUCUCACCCAACCUGGGCAGCAUUGGCGGCGGCACCUUGCUCACCAUCACGGGUGGCGGCUUCAGCCCUGUGGUCUCGGAGAACGUCGUCUUCUUGACCGUGCCUGUUUCCACCACCUUCCUAAACGGUAUUAUUGAGUGCGUGGGCGAGACCGUAACGCCAACGGAGCUGACGUGUCGGACCAAGCCCCACCUUGCUGCAAACUCGGAUGCAAAUGACCCGUACGCCAAGAACGUCAUGCCUGUUCCUACGCAAGCGAAGCCCAUCGUGGUCGUGCUGUGCAACUCAACCUAUAACAUCACCGUCCUUCGCGAGUAUUGCUGGUCGCUGGAUACUUCAGCACACUCCCGCUGCAACGGGACUUCAUGCAACUUCGGAUAUUCCACAGUCCUUACCCCUGCCAUCUCGGGUAUCACACCUGAUCGUGGCUACAGCGGUUUCAACUUGGCGGUUUUGGGUGUCUACCUUGAGGACAUUACAGUCGUGGAGUUCAUGCAAGGCAAAACGGUUAUGGGUCUUGGUAGCGAUGUGAUAGUUACCGCUGACGACUUGAACACCACCGCCAACGGGACCCUGGGCUACAACGUUACCUGUGUCGCCCCGGACCUGCCCGCCGGGAUCUACAACAUCCGCAUGAAAAAGGCCAACGGCGAGAUGUCGGUCGAUCCGCUUGCAGAGGGCAUCUUCACGUAUACGGCAACCAUUGUCAGCUUGUCCAACAAUGCGGGAUCUCUUGCGGGCGGCUUGCCAUUGGUCCUCACCGUCGGUGGUACCGGGCUUGUAGUUGGUGAAAAGAGCGCCACUGCAAAUAAGGUGACCAUCGCCGGGCUGCCGUGCCCCAUCGUAUCAGUAGACAGCGCUACGCAGCUCACGUGUACGGCGCCUGGCAUCAACGGCUACGUGUAUGCCGAGUACUGGAACUUGGGCGCAAGCACCUCUUCAAUGCCUGACCUCCUUACGUAUAUUCAACCAGAUCUGGCACGUCUUGAAAAGGGCAGCAACUUUGACUGGUCAUCCGCGUCACCGCUGAUUGGCACCAUCAACACGGAUUACUGGGGUGCGCGCUUCACGUUCUACCUUCAGACUGAUCAAGCAGAGAACACCACCUUCUUCGUCACUGCGGAUGAUGCGGCUCGUUUGUACGUUGACGGCGUGCUACUAGGCUCCAAUGGCUACCUCAACACCUUGUUAAGGAAAGGUGUCCACAAGGUUGUGAUGACGUUCGUGGAGUACACCGGCCUCGCCACUUUAAAGAUUCUGGCAUCUCCGGCGUCGUCUAACUCCUUCACUGCCUUGGCAUGGCAGAAGGUCACACCCUUCCCUCCAGGCACGGCGCUGCCGGUGGUGCUGACGGUCAAUGGUGUGGUUGCAGACACGCUUUGCCCCCCUACGUACCUUACCCUAAAGCUUCCUAACCAGCCCCUGCUGCCUGCGGAGUCGUCACGGCUGUAUCUGCGGAACGCCACCUGCAAUUACGUGUAUUCUUCGUAUCGUACGCCCACGCUCUUUUCCGUUCAGCCAACUGCACCUGGCGGCUUGGUCCAGCCUUCAUUCAUCGGGACCAACAGCGUCCUUACCAUUUACGGCGACUUCUUGACGGAUCCCAGCUCCGGAGCGGACAGUAUCACCAUCACUAUUGCCAAUCAGUCGUGCCCAAUUACGGAUAUUUCCGUGUACGCGGCCAAUGCGACGUUUAACACCACGCGGAUUAACUGUACAGCACCUGCCGUACCCGUAGGCACAUGGCCGGUGAACAUUAUGGUAGCUGGCUUGGGUCUGACGCGUCCUACUGCGUCAGCGACUACGGACAUGCCGGUGGUGACCUACUCCCUGAAGGUCGUCUCCUACAACAGCCCUACCUUCUCCUCUCCAGUUACCAGCUGCCAGUUCUCCAUGUUUGGUGGCGGCACUCUGAACAUCAGCGGAUAUGGCUUUGUAAAGGGGCUGGUGGACGCUUCUCUGCAGCGCAGCAUGACAGCGGUGUGGGAUAGCACCACUUGCACCACCGCAAGCGCAGCUACGCCCACCUGUCUCGCCGCAACGUCUGGGCACCUCAACCUCACCGCAACCGCCUGCGACGGCCCUACUGCAGUGUACCGGUUGCCGCGUUUCGCCUUCACCAACCCCCAGGCUGUUGCUGGCAACAGCAGCGCCAAGGCUACCUUGCGUUAUAAGCCGCGGGUGUAUUACACCAACACUAGUCCGCUCACGUAUGCCGAUACUCCGGGCGCCGAGCAGCUUUACUUCUGCGGCCUCCGCACUCCAGCCCUCUCCAACGUUUCUCCUGCCACAGCGGCGCCUGAUGCUGGUGCGGCCGGUACCGCCACCCUCUCGCUAACCUGGUUCCUUGGGGGUGUUGGCACCAACAACGACACCAUUGCCGCCACUGCUGUCGGUUCUGCCAGCAAUGCGACGGUGGAGUUUGAGAGCGGCCCUACAGUGCUGACUUGUGCUGACCCCGUCGUGACCACCUCCAUCAUUACGGCAUCUACGUACAGCGAAUCCGUCUCCUGCAAGCUGCCUACCUACAUGCCAGCGUCUAACUACACGCUGUGGCUCUGCAUCCAGCCCUUCGGCUGCGGUCUUCUGCCUGCUUACCCUGUGCCGCUGACCGUCUCAGCUGCUACUCCUACCGUCGGCAGCAGUGCUGGCGGCAUCACUGUGACCAUCACUGGCAGCGGCUUCGACACCAAUGCUACCCGCGUCUCCGUCCGCUUUGGCAACAGCACCUGCAAGGUUGUCAGCAGCACUGCUACCGCCAUCACCUGCGUCACAGGAGCGCUGGACGCCAAGCCAGCUAGCUCAAUCGCAGCGCCGCUCUCAAUAACACCAACCAUUGGGGCGAGCGAGACCACCUAUCCCAGCCUAACCUUCACCUUUGACCCUGCGCUGGAGUCUACCGUCUCGUCUAUUAUCCCACCGCGUGGUUCCACGGAGGGCGGGACACCUGUCGUACUAACUGGCACCAACUUCCAAACUGGCGUAACCACCACCGUUACCAUUGGCGACACAGCUUGCGGCUCCGUCGUGGUGCUGAACGACACCGCCAUCUCUUGCACCACUGGCAAGCCGCCGUCGACUGUGCUGCGCGUGCCAUUGCCGGUGUCCGUGUAUCAGGAGGGCCGUGGCGGUGCACGGAGCUCAGUGUCCUAUCAGUAUAUCGACCUAUGGAGCCGCAACAGCACGUGGGGUGGCGGACCGCUACCUGGUUUUGAAGAUUCGGUUCUCAUUCCUAAGGGCGUCACCGUGCUGCUCGACAUCAGCCCGCCCAAGCUGUUCUUCCUCGUCCUGGAGGGUAACCUGGUGUUCGAUGAUACCAAGGACUACAUCAACCUGCAGUCGCAUUACAUCUUGGUCAAGGGCGGCAACUUCACCAUCGGUUCUGCGGAGAAGCCCUACCCUGGCCGCGCCAACAUCACCAUGCAUGGGGCCCCUAACAGCCGUGACCUGCCUAUGUAUGGCGCCAAGUCCCUUGCCAUUCGUGAUGGAGUUGUCACCUUCUUCGGGCAGCCGAAGAUACCUGUCUACACUGUCCUUAACCAGACGGUGGAUCCGGGGGCAACUGAAAUCACUGUUAACGGCAUGGUCAACUGGCAGGUUGGCGAUCGCAUCAUCAUUACUAGCAGUAGCUUCCUGCCGGAGGACUUUGACGAGGCUGUCAUCACGGCACUGGACAACACGACUGUACCAGGCUGCACAAUCAUCUCCAUCGACCCGCCACUCCAGUAUACCCAUCUGGGCGAGAUCCACUCGCAAGCCGGCGUGCCAAGGCCCCUCGACAUGCGUGCAGAGGUUGCGGUCUUGACACGUAACAUUGUCCUGCAGGGUGAUUACGAUAGCGCGAAGUACAUGUAUGGCGUUCAGGUCAUGGUCAACUCGCCCAGCUACCUGCCGCGAGCCCUUGCCCGUUUUGACAACAUUGAAAUUACGCAGUCUGGCCAGGCGUUCCGGCUGGGCCGCUACUCCAUGCAUUGGCACAUGCAUGGCGACGUCGCUUUCCAGUCUUGGGUCCGGGGAUGCGCUAUCCACAACACCUACAACCGUGCCAUUACUGUCCACGGCACCCACCGCUCUAUCAUUAAGAACACGGUGGCGUUCAACACAAUGGGCCACACGUUUUUCAUGGAGGAUGGCAUUGAAACGGGUAACCUAAUGGAGUACAACAUCGCCAUCUACAACAAGCGGUCUGACGCGCUGCUUAUCUCGGACACCACUCCAGCCCAGUUCUGGAUCACCAACCCCAACAACACUGUGCGCCAUAACGUUGCCACGGGCUCACUCUCGUACGGUUACUGGUAUCGCAUGCUGGACUACCCAGAUGGACCUUCCGCCACGACGACGGUCUGCCCCAAGUUCACGCCCCUCCUCGAGUUCACGAACAACACCGCCCACUCCAACCAGUUUUACGGGUUCCGUAUCCAUCCCGAGUACUAUCCGAGGAAUAACCCGUGCAAUGGCUUUACGGGAACCUUCGCCCAGCAGCCAGCCGUCUUCAACGGUUACAGGGCUUACAAGAAUGGCGUGAAGGGUUUUAUUGGCUCGCAGUUGGGUUGGGUCCAGAUGACCAACGCGGUCCUUGGCGACAACGGCGCGGGCCCUAAGACGCAUAUUGUUAGUGGCAAGGAUAACGGCGCUAACUGGGAGAUCUCAUGGCAAGUGGACGACCGCAAUCGCUUCAAUGUUGCGCUGACCGAGAUGGCCGGCCUCAUUAACGCUACCUUGUAUGCGCGGACCACGACGGGCAUGCACGGCACUGCUGGUUACUGGCCCUCCAGUCGUCGGAAUACAGGAAUUAUCGCGCAUAGUCCCGUGAGAGGUCACCCCCGCCACUCAGCGCUGAUGAGUCUAAUUAACGUGACCUUCGUCGACUACACCCCAACCACCGGCUCCAACUUCUUCGCGUUGGAGCACUGCGGCAAGUGCAAGAACUAUCAGGGCGGUGCUACUUGCUUCACGGCCAACCUCACCUUCUUCAAUUCGGACGGUAGCUUGCCAGCGCUGUCGUACUGGAGCUGGGGCCACCAGGGUAUCUUCGUGGACACUGACGGCACGCUCAUUAACAACAAGACGCUGCCUCUGGAACUGCUACCAAACUCUACUGCCAACUGGACGUACGGUCCCGGCACCUCUUGGCAUUCGGCUGUGGAGAGCGAGUUAUUUGAUCCUGCGGAGUGCGUCUACAUCCGGGACUCGUACGUCAGCAACAAUGGUGCCUACUGCAGCCCUGCCCUCACCUUCAGGCGCAUUAUGCUUAACGGUCACUAUCCCGAGGCUCUGGCAUCAAGAGACCUGAUCGUUGUGUCGCUUGCAACGAACCGUUCUUCGGUGGUACAUGAAACACAUUACAACGAAGAUGGCUAUCAAUUCACGGUUGCGACGGGACGCGACUACUCAGUUCAUUGGGGGGUACCGUUCCGGCUGGACCCCGAGUAUUACACGCUACACAAGAUGGACCUUAUGGAUGGCCCGCACUUCGUAUACGUGACGAGCAAAAUCCUUCAGGUCAAGGACCACUGGACAGUGAAUAGCAAGACCUCCAACCUCACGGCCUUGCCGGCGGCGCUGCCCAACACGACCCAUGGGUCGUUCUACUACAACAAGACCCUGUCCUUCAACAGCUGGUGGUGGAGUAACCGUACCUACAACGACACUAAGUUCACAGUCUUUGUGAACGGUCGCACUGAUAGCUCUCUGCACGUAAUCUCCUAUCCUUGCCCCGAUACCGGCUGUACUGAGGUCCCGGAUACUGUGGUAGACAUCCGUAACGGCACCCUGUACUGGUCUGACAACUCCACCUGGACAAACCGGGUCGGUGGCAAGCCUAAGAUGGGCGAGAACGUGACUAUCCCUUACGGCUGGGACCUCGUAAUUGAUGAAUCCCCGCCGCUUCUCCAGUUCCUAAGUAUCCAAGGUAGCGUCCGCUUUGAUGCAACACGUGACAUCACGCUAAGCGCCACCUACAUUUUUGUGAUUGGCAAGGGAUCUCUCACCGCUGGUAGUCCUUCAUCGCCCCAUCCGACGGGUGUUACGAUCGUUCUGAAUGGCACCCGUGAUACCCCGGAUAUAGCCAUUGACAACUCUCUGAACCUGGGUUCCAAGGUGCUGGCGGCAAUCUGGGGUGGCACCAUCGAUCUGCAUGGCCGUCAGGUCAAUCAGCGCUGGCUCCGCCUCAACGUUGCUGUCAAGCCCGGAGACACGAACAUCACCAUUUCCCAUGGCAACCAUGGCUGGCGUGUUGGAGAUAAGAUCCUUAUUACCUCUACUACCUAUAACUGGAAGCAAAGUGAGAUCCGCAACAUCACCGCCAUCCUGAACAAUGGCACGGUGCUUCGUCUCGAUUCACCACUGGAGCACCCUCACGGUGCGGUGGUUAAGGGCUACCCUGGAAGCCCAGUCGUGGACAUGCGUGCCGAGGUUGCCUGCCUUUCCUCUAGCAUCCUCAUCACCGCCAAAGACGGCCCUUCAACGCACGCCUAUGGCGGCGAGUACUUUGGCGCCCGUGUGGUGGUCUCGGGCAACUCCACAGGCCGCUUCGGCAACAUUGCCAUGGAGUAUUGCGGGCAGGGCGGCUUACCAGAUCGCGCAUGCGUUUUCUACGAUCGCCUGACCAACGUUAGCGCCUCCAUUACCAGCUCUAAUUCCAGCAGUGAUACGGUCGUGCCUAACCCCAGCUUCCUUAGGGGCAGCGCUUUGGUAUAUGGCCUGAACAACAACGUGCGCAUUGGUGGAGACCCCUACAUCCAUAAUCCAGUUGAAAUCACUGGGAACGUCAUGUUUGAGGCCUACGAUACCCACAGCGUGGAUGUCGAUACUUCGAAAAAUAAAAUUAUUGGCAACUUGGUCGUGGGUACCAUUAAGGAGAUGAACGGUAAGAGUAGCAGCGACCUUUACAUGCCAUCGACAUUCAACAUUCUCUCUGCUAGGAACUGGGUAGAGGACAACGUUGCUGGUGGCUCAGAGCGGUAUGGCUACACGCAUUACGGCCUGCCGUGCGGAAACUUCACGGAGGGUUCCUUCCGGAACAAUUCCGCGCAUGCCUCAUUGUCUGGCAUGUGGCUGCGUGCCAGCAAUGAGUCAGUUGAUGCUGGCUGCACCGUAAUCCGAAACUUCACAGCCUACACGAGUUGGGAUUUCGGUCUGAUCACAACUCGCGGAAUUUGGACAAACGUUUGGCUUGAGGACGUUAACGUCCUAGAUAGCAAGCAUGCAGGCGUUACCAUCCUCCGGAUUGGUGCCAUGACGGAUAAGGCAAAUGCAUACUGGAAAGGAGGCCUCCUUGUCGGCCAGUCGAGCCCUGAUGUGUGCACCUACUGCACUAAGAAGAAGGACAUUGGCUGCCACCAGAAGCUCUCCGUACAAUCUUACAAUCAGGGUGAUCCUUUCUCACCGUCCAUGGGAAUUCAGUCAGCACAGUUUGCCCUUGAUUUCGGCCCCGGGCCUGAGAAGAAACCGUAUGAUAAGGCCAAGGGCUAUUCCCUUGCGCAGGGCAUGUUCAAUGUUACUGGUGUGACAUUGGCGGACUACUAUGGUCCAAAGGACUGUGGUGGUUCAGGUGCCGGAAGCUACGCCCUUGCUAACCACCAUUUGGGUUUCGAUGCUUUCUUCCCCCACUUCUUUUCCAACAUGACUGUCAUCAAUGUUGCAAGAGGUGAAACCCAAGGCUUGGUGCUCCACACACCUGCUGACCCUGGCUGGCGCAAUGAGCGUGAUUGCUACGACAUCGAGUACAAGCGCGCCGAUGGCACCAUCAUUCCGCUCAACUGCGCGGGCCCUAACCACGUCUACUGGCGUGACCUUGAUGGCUCCCUCUUUGGUCAAGCGGGCACGAUUGCUGGUCAGUUCUUGGGCGGUCAACGUGUCUUCCCCAUGGACCAAGGCACCGCCGUGGUCCCUGGCCCAUGCACGUACUCACCCAUCUUCAAGUCUUACAGCUGCGUUACUGGCUCGUCCAACUUCCUGCUUGAUCCGCGCCUCAAGCCCAACCCCAUCCCUCCAAUGGGUAUCUUUGGUGACCCACAACACUUCGUGCUUGAGAGCCGUGAUAAGGACAGCGAGGAUCGCAACUUCAGCCCUGUCUUCUUUAACGUGUCGGGCUCCAUUGACCUGGUUGUAAACGCCAAGGACUACGGCUGCUGCUUCUCCUACGGCUGCCAGAAGCGCCUAUCCACCUUCUGGACACACCUCCCCAGUGGGCACACCGUAUACAUCAACUUCACCGGCACGCCUUCGCAGAAUUUCCGGCUCUGGUUCCCGUAUGCGGACCCGGAUAAGGAAAUCAUCCUUGUUAUCAACUACAUGUAUACGCUGAACCGCCGUUACGUCUACCUGCCGCCUGGUAACGGAGACUACACGGGCCGUGUGACACCUCAGACUCAGCCGCCUAAGAUUGGCGACGGCACGGGCCAUGGCGACUACUAUUGGGACCAGAACAACACGCUGAUGUACGUGAAGAUGACGGGCGGCUACUUCCUGGAGAUUCGUACUGAGAGCGCGGUGCUGGUUUCUCAAAACUUUGCCCUCACCAUCGACCAGUUCUACUCCACUGCCCAGCUAUUCCUAACCAACUUGGCUGGCGCAAUGGGUGUUGACCUGAACCGCCUGUACAUCGCCAAGAUUGUUCCCGGAUCGACUCAGGUCACGACCGGCAUCACUCCUGUGGUCAAGACCCCAGCUCCGCUGCCUGAGCUGCCACUCACCGGUGGCUCGGAUCCUGGAGACCCGCCUCCAGAGUACUCGCCACCACCGCCAUCGCCUCCGCCCUCACCGCCGUCCACGCCCCCUCCUCCUGACAACUCGGGGUCGGGUUCGACCACCACCGAGGAUAUUGGAGACCUCGUCAGCGCCGUCCUCGCCUACAACAAGGCGGUCUCGGACCCUGAAGCCGCUUCUGUCCUGGGUGUCGCUCCGCUGGGCGCCCCUGUCACAGACAUGAGCGGUGUCACCGGCACGGAUGCUUCGCUCUCGCAGGCUGUUGCGCAGUCUCUCGUGGAAGCCGGCGUUGAGGUUGUUGAUACCAGCUCACCACCACCGCCACCUCCCUCGCCGCCUUCACCACGUCCGCCUCCUCCUUCACCCUCCCCUCCUUCACCCACUCCACCAUCCUCUCCUCCGCCGUCCAACCCCCCUCCCUCUACAGUUCCGCUGCCACCGUCACCAGCGCCAUCACCCCCGUCUCCUCCCACACCACCCCCCUCCGUUCCGCUUCCUCCCGCUCCUCCCUCACCUUCCCCGCCCACUCCUCCACCCCCGCUUCCGCCUUCCCCUUCGCCCCCACCGCCUCCGUCCCCUCCUCCGCCGCCUCCGUCGCCGCCCGCCCCUAGCGGCCCUGUCUACUGGUCGAACUCCACCACAUGGACCCACAGGGGUGGCAAGCCCAAGGAGGGAGAGAACGUGACCAUCCUGGAAGGCUGGGAGGUGGUGAUUGACGAAUCACCACCGUCUCUCCAUGUCCUAACUGUUCAGGGUUACCUGCGCUUUGACCCGACUAUCGAUAUCGAGCUUGCCGCGACUCAUAUCUUGGUGAUGGGCAAGGGUGUUUUCCGUGCCGGUACCCCGUUGGAGCCGCACCCGGCCGCUGUUACCAUCCAGCUGAACGGCUCACGCACCACGCCUGACAUCACGGUCCAAGGUGUUGUGCUGGGCUCCAAGGUGCUGGCGGCCAUCCUCGGUGGCACCAUCGACUUGCACGGUCGCCAGGUUGGAGAGCGCUGGACCCGCCUCAAUAUUGCUGCUGCACCUCGAGACACGAACAUCACCGUCGCCAACCCCAACCACGGCUGGCAAGUGGGCGACAAGAUCCUCAUCACCUCCACUACUUUCAACGUCUGGCAGAGCGAGAUCCGCAACAUCACCGCCAUCAGUGUUGACGGCACUCAGCUGACGCUGGAUGAGCCACUGGAGUACCCACACGGCUCGCUGGUCAAGGCCUACCCCGGUGGCCCGACGGUUGACAUGCGCGCUGAAGUUGGCCUCCUUUCCUCCUCCAUCCUUAUCGAGGGCCGCGCGAACACGUCAGUGUUCAGCAGCGACCUGUAUGGUGCGCGGGUGGUCGUGUCAGGCAACUCGACGGGUCGCUUCAGCGGCAUUACUAUGGAUUAUUGCGGUCAAGCGGGCGUGGCAGGCCGCACUUGUGUCCUCUUCGACCGUCUGGGCAACGUUCGCGCUGGCGCCGUCAACACCAGCGGUUCGGACUCUGAUGCACGAAUCCGUAACCCCAGCAUGCUGCGCAGCAGUGCGCUGGUAUGGGGUAUGAACGGCAACGUGCGUGUGGCCGGCAGUGCCAGCGCUGACCCCGUCGACAUCACCAACAACGUGAUGUUUGUGGCGUACGAAGGCCAUGGCAUUGACGUUACCAGCAUCAACAACACGGUCAACGGCAACCUGGUCCUGGGCUCCAUGAAGGAGAUGAGCGGCAACCACACCGCUGACGUGGGAACACCCGCGUCCUUCAACAUCCUUUCAGCCCCCAACUGGGUUGAGAACAACGUUGCGGCUGGCUCUGAGCGAUACGGCUUCGCCUACUACGGCAUGCCUUGCAACCAGUCGUUCACAUCUGGCUCGUUCCGCAACAACACGGCACAUUCCUCUCUGGUGGGCUUGUGGCUGCGGGCUAGCAACGAAUCGCUGUUGGAUGGCUGCACGCUGCUUCAGAAUUUCACGACCUACAUGAACUGGGACUAUGGCAUUAUAUCGACCCGCGGCAUUCCCACGGACGUUCUGUUUGAGAAUGUUAACGUGCUGGACACCAAGCAUUCGGGCGUCACACUGCUCAUGUCGGGUGGCAUGCUGGAGGAGGCUAGCGCGGAGUGGCGUGGCGGCCUGCUGGCGGGCCAGUCCAGCCCUGAUGUGUGCGCUGCCUGCGCUAACCUGACGGAUGCUGGCUGCCACCAAAAGCUCUCCACCCGCUCCUUCAACAAGCAGCUGCCUUUCACGCCGGCUGUGGGCUUGCAGUCAGCCCAGUUUGCUCUGGGCUUUACAGUCGGUCCCGAAAAGGCACCGUACGACAGGCCUACUGGCUAUGCCCUUGUGCACGGCGCUGUCAAUAUCAGCGGUGUUACCUUGGCGGACUUCUCGGGACCGACCGGCUGCGGUGGCGUGGGCAGCUACGCACUGGCGAACCAUCCGGAAGCAGCAGAUGCUUUCCAUCCUCACUUCUUCUCCAGUAUGAAUGUUGUCAACGUCACAUCGAGUACGUCGUCGCAAGGCAUGUUCCUGCACACGCCGCCGAACCUGGCCUGGCGGAAUGAGAGCCGCUGUGGUGUUGCCAACUACACGCUACCCGACAACAGCACCAUUCCGCUCAACUGUGGGGGCCCGGCGCACGUCUACUGGCGCGACCUGGACGGAUCACUCAUCUCUGGUGGCAAUGCCACUGCCGCGAGCACCAUUGCUGGUGUCUUCCCUCAGGGUCCCCGUGCAUUCCCCAUGGACCAGGGCACCCCCUUGCUGCCUGGCCCAUGCGCCUACUCGUCUGUCUACCACUCGUACAGCUGCUCAGCCGGUGCCUUUGACCUGGAGCACUUUGUGCUUGAGAGCCGGGACAACGACACUGAAACGCGCAACUUCGGGCCCGUCCUUUUCAACGUGUCUGGCUCUGCUGAUGUGGUCCCGGCGUCCAUGAACUACGGGCCUUGCGCCAACAGCACUUGCCUGAAGCGGCUGUCCACAUUCUUCACGUACCUUCCGACCGGCCAGACCGUCUACGUGAACUUCACCGGCACGCCACCUCGCAGCCUUCGCUUGUGGCUGCCUUAUGCUGAUGUCGACAGGGAGCUGGUGGUUGUUCUCAACUACCCAGCAGCGCGCAACCGGAAGCUUGUGUACCUGGCCCCUGGUAACGGUGCAAUGUCGGGUGGCUUGACGGCUGAGUCCCAGGCUGUUGCAAUUGGUGACGGCAAGGGCCACGGGGCUUACUAUUGGGACCAGAGCAGCUCGCAGCUGUACGUGAAGGUCAAGGGGGGCAAGUCGCUGGAAGUUCGGACCGAGAACGCAGUGCUGGUUUCCCAAACUUUCGCACUCACGGUGGACGAGUUCUAUGCGACAUCUGCUGCGUUCAUGACCAACCUGGCUAACGCAACGGGCAUCGACGCAAGGCGGAUGUACAUCCUCAAGGUGGUUCCUGGCUCAGCUGUGGUUACCAUCAGCAUUGCCUCGGCCCCAGCCAGCUUGCCGAAGCUGUCUGAGCUGUCGCUCUCGGCUGUUGUCGACCCCACGGACCCUGUGGACCCCGCGUCUGCUGUCCUCGUGUCGCCUUCUCGUCGCCUGCUCGACACCACUUCCUCGCCCAGCAGCGAGUUGGCGGACCUGGUGAAUGCAGUGGAGGCGUUCAAGGCUGCCGUGGCGGACCCCGCGGCUGCCACCAAGCUGGGAGUCACCCCAGUGGGAUCCCCCAUUGUGGAUGUAGGCAGCCUGACCAGCCUCGACCCCACCCUCGCCCAGGCUGUGUCGCAGUCCUUGUCCAACGCCGGUCUUACCGUCGUGGACUCGACCCAGCCAACUUCUGAAUCCAAGUCCACAGACAGCCCGCCGCCACCGCCUGCCUCGACAGCCUCACCGCCACCACCGCCGCCUACAAGUAGCGCUCAGCCGGCCGUUCCCAGUGGUGGAGCCCCUGACGACGGUGGCUCGGGUGGCUCUCAGCCGCUGCCCUCACCCUCACCCUCGCCCUCGCCCUCACCUAAGCGGUCGUCUUCAGGAGGAGGUCUAAUAAAUGUCCCCGGUGCUGUUGCUGGUGUGGUAAUUGCCUGCGUGGUUGCAGCGGUCAUAGUUGCAGCUGCUGUGGUCGUUAUCAACCGCCGUGCAGCCAAGCGACCUCGGCCUGAGUCUCCGCGCGACGAGCAGCGUGCACCUUCUAACGCCGCUGUGCUGCCGCUUGCGAGCCGUGCAAGCGCCAGUGGCAGUGUGCGCGAGGCCUUCGUGGUCAGCAGCCCUACCAGCGUUACCAACCCUACAAGCCCUGCCGGCUGGGAGCGCCCAGAGCGCAGGCCGCGGACUAGCUGCCCGGGCCAUACCAUGGAGGCCGAGGGUGAACAACGUCAGCACAGUGGUGUCCCUGACACUCCGCGUUCCAGCGUGCUGGCUGCAGGCCUCCAUCCGUCGAACCCGGCUGAGGUCAUUCACCCGCUUGUGAAACAGCCUCACAAUGCACCUCUUGUGCCGUCGUUACCCCCACUGGGAGCAGUGGUUGGUGAGAGCUUCAACCAACGGACAAAGGCGCCGGCUGAACUCAACGACGGUCUGUCCAGAAUCUCAGCACCCUCCCUUUCACCCAGGGACCUGGCUUCAGCAAUGGGCAACACGUCUCAGGCUAGGCGCAUGAGCUAUACGCCUGGCAAUGAAUCCGACGCCGCCGCUUUGGGCGCCAUUCUUGCUACCGCCAACCAGCAGCACGGCGCUGGGGCUGGCAACGGCAGUGGCAGCCGACCCGGCAGUGCACGGCCGACAUUGUGUGAGUCGGAGCAGGAUGGAAGUGAUGGCGUGGAGACUACUGUGACGCCCGUGCAGCACAACAUUAUGACCCAGGAGUCGUUCUAUCCCCGCAAGCCUCGCCCUGGCAGCGGCAACCCCGUGCACACCGCUGGCGCCGAGACAGUUGCAGCUGAUGCCGACCAGGCAGGUGCAGAGCGUGCGCCGGCGCCCGGAUCACCGCCGAAGCCAGGUGCAGCACCCCGCCCCACCAUGAUGCUGCCUGGCGGCAUGCUCUCGUUCGAUGCAACGCCAUCGCUCCUGCGCAGUGAGGUUGCCGCCAUGAUUCUGGCGGCUAGCGGUGCUGAAGAGGGGACAUUGGAUAACGGCCAGGGGGCAGAGGCUAGCGCACCAGCGGCGCGCACUCCAGCAGGCCUGCACAGUGACAGCAUGCGGAAGCGUGAUGAUGCGUAGGUCGAUGAAAGGUUUCUGCAUGACCGUUAGGUACUGCUGUAGUCACUGCAACCUCCAUGCAGCGAGUCCUGCGGUAGAUAUAGAUUUAGAUAGCAUGCGGAAGCGUGAGGAUGCGUAGGUGUAUGGAGGUUUCGGUUAAGCACAGUGGCCACAUGCAACUUUACCGCAACAAGCCGCGCAGUAGGUUUUCAUGUGCAGGUUGUGUGACGUGGUUCAACACUCUACGUACCGGCAUUGGGAUUGGAAGCGGGAGCGUUUAACUGUGCAUUGUUGUUGAGGACUUUGGGUCGUGAAGUGCCCAAAGUGGUCAGGGUGCAUAGCCUUAUUUACCGGUAUGUGGAAGGCUGCAGACCUCAUUCAUGGGAGACAUAAAGGGGGUAUAAGGCGCACAAGAUGUCUUUUUGUCGCCGCCGCACCGUGCUUUCGUAUGUACUGCGUUUCUCCGCCCGUACGUUGGCAUGGGUGUGUGAAUAGAUGCCGUAGUUGUAGUAGUUCGUGACGCUAGCAAUUCUUACUUGCUUCCCGCCAUUCCAUGCCACAUCGGAGGCCCUCGCAAGUUGUGUAUUGGAGUGGGCUGCCUGCAAUUCUUCCUUUCCCAGUCUGCGUUCGUAGGACGUUACAGAUCAAAUACCAACCACCUCAUAGUAGCGCUUCCGGUAAGGAUUUUCUGCACGUAUGCUGUAUGCGAUCAGGUCGCCUCUAGAGUUACAGAGGACGUCUGCGUUAUCCUAUGAACCUUGCCCGGGACUGCAAAAGUGUUUUCUGAGCAAUCACUCGUUGAUUUCGUCUUCUGUGUCGUUGUGAUUGCUUCAUGUUCAUUAAAAGCGUUUAGGGUACUGCAUGAUGCAGUACUCCAUUGCCAAUGGUAGUGCACGCACGUGUGGGGCCCCCUUUCUGCGUAGCUAGAUACAUUAUACCAAGCCACGUUUGCAGCUGAAAGC